AUGAGCUCACCGAUCAGAAACGAUAGGAGCCACUGUCGCUUCUGGGACUGUGUUCCUAGGAAGUUGAAUGGAGAACCUAAUAUCAGGUCUGCUUUUCGUUUCAACCUUUCCGGUCGUUACUAUGAACCGAACAAGUACUAUCAUGUGUCAUGCAUGGAGCAAAUAUUUCCCGACCUGAGGUCCUUGGUAGAGCAGGAGGUUUUGCAAAUGGAAGGAGGGGUCACCCAGCUGACCUCAGCCUGCUGGCAGAUAUCACAGUUUCACAAUGCCAUUGAAGAUUGGUUCCGCUUUAAGGGCCGUACCUUCGAAAUGAACAUAUACGAUCGGUUCCGAAGAGCACAUGCCAAGUGGGAGCAGAAAGACAGCACAGUGGAAAUCAACCAUCAACUCGGGAAUCAUGAGGGUAGUCGUCAGGAUUGUGAGAAGUGUGAAGUGCCGGAUGAACCGCUGAGAAAAGAUUACUUUCCUGAAGAGCCUCGCAGUAGCCUAUUGAGUGAAGUUCCGGCCUCCGUGGUUGGCGUGGGACACUUGGAUGGAUUAGAUAUUCGAUAUCUCGGCUACAAGUGGUCAUUGUGGUCAUUUCUCAAAAUCAAUGAUUGA